AAUAUUGUCCAAUGACAUGACUAGAACGGUCAUGGCUAGAAGGGAUCCAGCUUUUGUAAAAACAAAAAAUAAAAUGUCACAUUUUAACUUUUCGAAUUAUCGUAACAGGAUAAUUAGGUUAAUGUUAUGAAAAUGGUUUAGAGUUAGAUUAAAUGCAACAACAAAAAAAUAUAAUUUUUGACGUUAAUUUGAUCAAAAACUAGAUCUCUUUGACCGACUGGAACAUGUUGUUGAAGAGACGUUUAGGUUAGAAGGAAUUGGCUCAGAGCUCAUGUCACUCUUCAGCAUCAUCUUGUUGUGAAAACGAAAUGACAUUAAAAACGAACUAAAUUAUAGCUAAAACAGAUCCAUUUUCAUUUAGCUAUCUUGUCAGCUUGAGAUAUUAUCUCAGUCGGAACGCAGAAUUUAAUACUAAUUGUAUAUCAAGACGUCAUUCUUCAAUUGUAUUCAAUGGAAAAACGGAAUGGCCACCACGGCGAGAAUGAACCGGAGACCGGGGAAAACGAAGAAACGGCGCCUGCUCCACCGAAACAGUCGUGUUCAAGGAGUGACGAGUCGAAUAUUUUUAUAUUGGACGGUAACAACACGGAGACGACCACGACCGGGGGUUGUGCCACUACCGACGAACGACGCACAUCUACAUCCAACUAUUCGUCGAGGCAAAAGAUUGACUCCCUGGGAAAAAUCAGGCCACCCUUCCCAUGGUUUGGGAUGGACAUUGGUGGCACCCUGGUGAAGCUGGUCUACUUUGAGCCCAAGGAUAUCACAGCUGAGGAGGAGCAGGAGGAGGUAGAGAACCUAAAGAGCAUCCGGCGCUACCUGACCUCCAACAUAGCCUACGGUAAGACUGGGAUCAGAGAUGUUCACCUGGAGAUGAAGGACCUGACGAUAUGCGGACGCACAGGGAACCUCCACUUCAUCCGCUUCCCCACCCAGGAUCUGCCGGCCUUCCUACAGAUGGCACGCAACAAACACUUCUCCAGCCUCCACACCACCCUCUGUGCCACCGGAGGGGGUGCCUACAAGUUUGAGUUCGACUUCCGCCAGAUGGCUGAUCUCCAGCUGCUGAAGCUAGAUGAGCUGGACUGUCUGAUACGAGGUGUUCUCUACAUAGACUCAGUGGUGUCCAAUCCUUCAGAGUGUUACUACUAUGAGAACCCUACAGACCCUGAACACUGUGUCCAGAAACCCUUCACUCUGGAGAACCCUUACCCUCUACUGCUGGUCAACAUCGGCUCUGGCGUCAGCAUUCUGGCCGUCUACUCCAAGAACAACUACAAACGAGUAACUGGGACCAGUCUGGGUGGAGGGACAUUCCUGGGGCUGUGCUGUUUACUGACUGGCUGCUCCAGCUUUGAGGAGGCUCUGGAGAUGGCGUCGCAGGGGGAGAGCACGCACGUGGAUAAGCUAGUGCGGGACAUCUACGGAGGGGACUACGAGCGCUUCGGCCUCCCCGGCUGGGCUGUGGCCUCCAGUUUUGGGAACAUGGUGUGUAAAGAGAAGCGGGAGUCCAUCUCUAAAGAGGAUCUAGCCAGAGCCACCCUGGUCUCCAUCACCAACAACAUCGGCUCCAUCACCAGGAUGGUUGCGCUCAACGAGAACAUUGAGAGGGUGGUGUUCGUAGGGAACUUCCUGAGGGUGAACACCCUGUCCAUGAAGCUGCUGGCCUACGCCAUGGACUACUGGUCUAAAGGCCAGCUGAAAGCCCUGUUCCUCAGACACGAGGGCUACUUCGGAUCAGUCGGGGCUUUGCUGGAACUCCUGGAUCCAUCCUGAUUGCUACGGUGGCCCUGAAGGUCAAACUAGCACUUAAGACCCAAGGACUGCUCUCACCCAAAGCCAGACUCACACUUAGACUGUUAAACCAAAGACCGUCCAUCCAGCAGGACCUUUACACUUUUAUCCUCCACACACUAUUGGUGUGGUGUGCUUGCCUGUACAAGUAGCCAGGUAGGUAGCCAGGUAGGUAGGCUGUAUAGUAGAUAAGUAGGUAGGCUGUAUAGUAGACAAGUAGCCUGGUCCGUCUGCAUACGUUUGACAGGAAUAUGAAUCCCACCAGGAACGACCACCACUGUUGCCUUCACUGCUGGAUAAUCACAUGUCUGUUUGACAUGUUUAAUAUAAUUGCUUGAUUGCUCUGUCGCCAUCAGCAGCCGAUGGCUCAGCUCUAGAUGUUGACCUCCAUAGAAGGCUCCAUGGCUGGGGCCCAAUGGGCAUUCUACUGGCACUCGCGUCAGGGUUCAUUCCCAGCCAAUACAGGAAAGUACAUUGACGUUCUGAUUCUCUUCAAUGCUUUUCAUUUAGGAAAAUGUGGAAUUUGGUUUACUUUCUGAAUUAACAGGAAUUGUAAUGGAAUUGAUCUCAACCCUGAUUUACUGUUACGUUUAAAUUCAUUUUUUAUUUUUUACUAUGGUUUACUGUGACAUUUUUCAGCUCAGCUGCAAAGUAAUUGCUACAUAUUGAUGGAAGAGAUUUUGAUUGAUAUCUGACAAUGGCAAAUGGAAUAUUUGUGGGUCUGUUUUGGACAUUAAUGUUAAGUUUUUCACCUGGAUGAACUGUUACCAACGAAUCUGACUCUUAUUCAACUUUACAUGAUAGUUAAACAUUUCGUCUUUAUUCUGCCUUGAGACAAUCUCUCCUCUCUCUCUCCUCUAUCUGUGUCUCUCUCUGUCUCCCUCUGUCUCCCUCUGUCUCUCUCUGUCUCCCUCUGUCUGUCUCUCUCUCUCUCUCUCUCUGUCUCACUCUGUCUUGCUCUCUCUCUGUCUCUCUCUGUCUCUCUCUCUGUCUGUCUCACUCUGUCUUGCUCUCUCUCUGUCUCUCGCUCUCGCUGUCUCUCUUGCUGUUUCGCUCUGUCUUGCGCUCUCUCUCCCUCUGUCUGUCUUGCUCUGUCUUGCUCUCUCUCUCUCUGUCUGGCUCUCGCUGUUUCGCUCUGUCUUGCUCUCUCUCUGUCUCUCGCUCUCGCUGUCUCUCUCUUGCUGUUUCGCUCUGUCUUGCGCUCUCUCUCCCUCUGUCUGUCUUGCUCUGUCUUGCUCUCUCUCUCUCUGUCUGGCUCUCGCUGUUUCGCUCUGUCUUGCUCUCUGUCUGUCUCUUCUCCCCCCCAUACUAGUUUCAACUGUUGUCAUUAUUAGGCCUACUUUAACUACUUUUUAUUCAGAUCACUAUGCCAACAGGUACUCUUCCUGGAGUCCAUACACAUAACUAAAAAUAAAUUAGUUUAAAUAAGACACGGUAGUAGACAACACAACACUUUCAGGGAUCUGGAUAUGCUGUAUUUGUGCAGUAUAGGGGUUUUAAAGGGGAGUCCUGGGUCGGACUCCCCUUUGCCUCCAGAACACCCUGAAUUCUUCGAGGCAUGGAAACGUUGCUUAAUUGGUAUCAAGGAAAAUAUUAUCCACACCAUUACACCACCGCCACCAGCCUGUAAUCAUAUACAUGCUUUAGUCCUAUCCCAAAGGCAAGUAACGUACACAAGUUGGUUGUGUUCAGUCUCAUCAAAUCAGCUGUAUAUAUACUAGUGCUUCACGUUCAGCUAAAUAAAUUCUGUUAAGUGCCUGGUAUGUUGUAGUCUAGGAAAGGUAGAAAUACAGACAAUCGUAUGAAGACAUGCUUUUUUGAAAUCAGACCUGUCUUUGACUCCAUACACCAAGUUCUCUCUGGUGAUGUACAAUAUACUUUUUUCUUUUUUUUAUUACUAAAUAUUUGUAAUAAAUGUUGUGUCAUAAAUUAUUUGAAUAUCAUUUUCUGAGGUGAUGCUUAUUUAUUUGAUAAUAGCAAAUUCUGCAAUGGAAAUCUACAAGAUAUGUGUUUUUCGAUUUUGACAUAAAAUAAGAGGAAUAAAAAUGUAUUUAAAAAAUCA